AAGGCGCGUGCGCACUGGCUCGCGGGACUCGGCGGGCGCUGCUGAGGGAGCCGGGCCGCGACUGAGGUCGUUUUUAUACCUUCCCGCGCGGACGCCGGCGCUGCCAACGGAAGGGCAGGCAGGGCGGCGCGUGAUUAGGUUGGCGAAGAGACCGGGUUUCGUCAUGUUGGCCAGGCCCACUUGAGAUCUUUGAAGAUAUCCUCAACGUGAGGCUCUGUUGCCAUGAAGGUGAAGAUUAAGUGUUGGAACGGCGUGGCCACUUGGCUCUGGGUGGCCAACGAUGAGAACUGUGGCAUCUGCAGGAUGGCAUUUAACGGCUGCUGCCCCGACUGCAAGGUGCCUGGCGAUGACUGCCCGCUGGUGUGGGGCCAGUGCUCCCACUGCUUCCACAUGCACUGCAUCCUCAAGUGGCUGCACGCGCAGCAGGUGCAGCAGCACUGCCCCAUGUGUCGCCAGGAAUGGAAGUUCAAGGAGUGAGGCCCGGCCUGGCCCUCGCUGGAGGGGGCGUCCCACGACCCCUUCCUCAUGCUGGCGCUAAUGGCUGCAGUAGCUGCUGCUGGGGACAGCGCCCCUGGGCUGUAACAAGGUGGAAACAAGGGCUGGAGCUGCGUUUGUUUUCCCAUCACUAUGUUGACACUUUUAUCCAAUAAGUAAAAACUCAUUAAACUACUCAAAUCUUG